UCUUUUCUCUCUUUCUUUCCAGACAUGCGAAAUUACUCCGUGCAGCCAUAGAUGUGUCUCUCAGCUGCACCGCCUCUUGUCUUUCCCCUUCCAGAUGCUGACAGGCUCCGAACCAGCGGACAGAGAGAAACAGGCUUUCCUCAUAUCUGCAUGGAAACUGGAUGGGGGGAGGAAUGAAUAGCAGAAGAAGGGAAGAAGGAGCAAAGUUGGUUAUUUUUCUGGCACAUGGAUGCAAUUACAUGGAGCACAUUCCAGAGGCGUUACUUUGAAUUCUGAGCAGGUCUGCCUGCCAUUCCUGAGUGGAGUGGAGAGAAGUAAAAAAAAGGGGGAAGAAAAGUCUCUCUCACAGAGACGGAAUGUCUGCACUUUCUAUCCUGUUUCUAGCAUCCUGUUCCACUUGGCUGUCAUGGGCUCAGAUAGAAUUUAAGAAAGUGGCCGAAGCAAACAUUACUCUGCCCUGCCACCAUCGACUGUACCGCCUGGGGCAAACAAGCCUAGACAUAGAAUGGCUGCUAAAGAAUUCCGAUGCUGAACCAAAAGUGGUGAUAAAUUAUGCAGGAAGCAACACCUACACUUACUUUAAUGAUGAACAAAAGGGUCGUGUUUCAUUUGCCUCCAACAAUCGGACUGGAGAUGCCUCUUUGGAGAUUUCUUUCCUGCAGCCAAGCGACGCUGGCCAAUACACAUGCAAAGUUAAAAAUGCCGGGCAGUAUGAAUGGACCCACAUAACCCUGAAGGUUCUGGAAAAACCUUCUAAACCCAAAUGCUGGAAAGAAGGAGAAAUGAUAGAAGGAAAAGAAAUCAGUUUACAGUGCAAUACUGUCUCUGGUACUACACCCAUAAUGUACAAAUGGGAGCGUAUAGAAGAGGAUGGGAAAGCUGUGUCCCUUCCACCCAUGGCACAUAUCAAUUUUUCCAAUCCUGCACAAGUUCUGCUGAAGAACCUCACAUGGAUGGCAACAGGGUUAUACCAGUGUACUGCCUCUAAUGAAGUAGGGCAGGAAAGUUGUGUUAUAAAAGUGACUGUGCAGUAUGCACAAAAUUUCGGCAUAGUUGCUGGAGCAGUGUGUGGAGCAAUGGGGGGGCCUGCCCUGGUUCUCUUGGCGGUGUGGCUGACAAUCAAGAAAAAAGAGAAGAAGAAAUAUGAAGAAGAAGAGACUCCAAAUGAAAUCAAAGAAGACGCAGAGGCACCAAAAGCCCGAUUAGUCAAGCCUGGCUCUUCCUCUUCUGGCUCCAGAAGUUCACAUUCUGGUUCCUCAUCAACAAGAUCAACAGCAAACAGUGCCUCUCGAAGCCAGCAGACAUUAUCAACAGAGGCCACUCCUCAUAUUACUCCAACGCAACACAACCAGGUUGAGAUAGAUGGCAGGGAAACUGAGCCAAAGAAAAUAAACCACACCAACUUUAUGAAAACAGAAGCCACACCAACCAUGAUGCCUGCUCAGAGUCGGGUUUUCCAGUCAGUUUGAUUAUUCCGCAUCUAUUCAGGCUCCAGCUAUGCCCAUAACAAACACACACACACACACCAACCACCAGCACUAUAUUAGAUUGUUUGCCUUCCAAGGGAGCUCCCCCAGCACACACUCCACCACUACAUAAUAAAACUCAUCACUCAGUAUUCUCUGCUACAGGUAGCCUUGAAAAGUGAACUCAUGCUUUUUUAUUAUUUUUAAUGCUUUUUUGUGAUUAACUCUUAAAGGAAGAAAAGGGAACACUGAAGUGGCAGGUGUCAAAUGCUGGAGUCUUGAACCAUUUUUUAAAAAAUAAAAAAGAGACACAAAAAAUCCCAAUA